AUGAGUUCAACUGCCAAGGAGCCUGUUGAGAGUCUUUCUGACUCAAAACUCCCGGGAAACCCCGGGAUUGAACCAAAGGACCAGAUUCUUGAGAUCUCCAAAACCAUUUCGUUGUCUACCAGCGGGGUGGUGAGUGGUGAACCUGAACAACAGUUCAAACCUGGUGCCGAAAUUUCAGAUGAUGACAAACUGAAAGCUCUUAUUGCCAAGUGCGCAAAGAUCGAUCCUUCACUGCCACGUCAUCUUGUGAAGAAACGACGUCCACGAGUUGUUGGCGAAGUGAAAGAAUUUCUCCUUCAAUUCAUUUAUUAUCCUGAAGAUUUUUACGGUUCUCCAAAAAAAGCACUUGGCAGGAUUAAUAACAGGAUUUUCAAAAAAACAGGAGUGGAAUUGGAGCAGUCUUUGAUAAAGAAACUUUUGUAUACAGUGAGAAGAGAUGAACGUUUGAAAAAGACAGAAGCAAGGAAAUCAGCGAAAUCAGCUGAGCACGAAACCCCUGUGAACCCAGAGAAGUUUCGCGAGUACAAUGAUAAUUUGUUCGAAGGCCUUUGUUUCCCAUUCUGA